AGCUAGCGAAGAGAGGUGCUGUCACGUGGGCGUCCGGACCUCUAAGGGGACUGACAAGCACGAACAAUCACCGUCUAACUUUUUUUCUCCCUUCAUGUUUUUGGCGUCUGCAGGUCGCUAUGAGUGAAGCUUUGGGAGGAACAUCCGUAGCUCUGGAGAAUCGAGUAUUCCAGUUGGGGAAUACUACGAUUAUUCGUUAAUUGUCAAUGGCACGCCCUCGCUUCGAACCGCUGCCCUGCGUUCCGCCAACGGAGAAUAUACCACUUUAUCAUGGUGGAAGUCAAUGGAUACCUCUCAUAACAUGCCCCGCAGAUUUUCCUUUGGAAUUGUUCGAAAUCGCCAUCGCGCAGCUUGUGGAUCAUCCGGAAUACAAUUCAACCCUUAUCCUUCGAUCAGAACGUCUCUUGGAUACGAACACCGAAUUUCCUUCUGAGAUUCCACAACUAGACGGCUUCCAACCGACUCGUUGCAUCCGUCGGCGUCUGUUACCGCGUCGACCAGGUCGCGAUGCUGCUUUGGAGCAAUACUGCACAUUCUAUUCAGAGGGGGAGAAGGCUUCAUCUGUAUUAGUGUUGACGCCUUUGGGGUCGCCUCUACCCUAUUAUCAUCCGGCGGUAUCUCAUUUGGCUUUCCGCUAUCUGACUGCUGAGCCAGCGACGGUGAGGAUCGAGGUUCUUCCGCUGCCGGAUACGCCUUUGGAUCCAAGUUCGCGCUUGUAUAGAACUUCUCUCGCACUACUGGACACCUUGCAUCGAUAUGGAUGGGGUGCGAUGACCAAUUAUAAAAAGAAGGUCAAGCAUGAUAAUCUAGUACAGCGGGAGGCGUAUCAGGAUCUGUAUCUCAGCAUGCGGGAAAGGCACAAGCAUUUGGUGGACACUUGGCAAGAAGCUACGGAUCCGUUGAAGCAUGUAUUCGAGGACAUCGGCAUUGCCACAUUUCUCAUGCUCCUUUGGAAAGAAACAUACAAGAAUGGCGGCGAUAAUGAGAAAGAGAGUGAGCCUUGGCCUCGGCCACCGGGAGGUUUCCUCGACUUCGGUUGCGGCAACGGGCUGUUAACACACAUUCUCAUUUCUGAAGGCUACUCUGGCUGCGGUAUCGACCUUCGUGCACGCACGUCAUGGUUGCACUACCCUGUGGCGACGCAAUCACAUCUUCACGUUCACGUUUUCGAUCCCUUCUCUUCCAGCCCGGAUCCCUUCCUUAAACCGGACGUCUUUAUCAUCGGUAACCAUGCCGACGAACUCACACCGUGGGUUCCCGUUCUGUCGACAUUAUACUCCGCGUCGGGAUACCUUUCCAUUCCAUGCUGCCCUUGGAGCUUCGACGCGAAAUAUGACCGUUCGCUGCAAGCACCAUUUCCCGUCAGCGACGAGGAUGCAUUCGAGGAGAGCCUGUGCUUGGGAGACCAGGGGAGCGCUGCAUCGGCGUACUCGAUGUACCGCGUUUGGCUGGCUAGCCUCAGCCUUCACUGCGGAUGGAAGGUGGAGUGCGAGACGCUGAGGAUUCCGAGUACGAGGAACUGGUCUAUCAUUGGAAGGCAGAGGCUUGAGCACUGUGAUGCGAACGAACACGUAGAGGACAUACUCCAAUCUGUCCGUGAUCGGGGUAUAUUCAAACCCAGACAGCCAGAAGGUAAAAGCAGAGAGAAUCAUUAGUCAUUAUUUAUACACAUUUGGAACUCCUGCGAAACUUGAGAUUCCUAGCCCUUUGCCUUAUGACAAGUGCUUCAGCGAAUCUAUUGUACCAAGCAGAAAAUCCAGGUGAACUUUAUGGCUGGCUCUCCGGUCUCUGCAGUGGAAAUGGUCUCGAAGAAUCCGUGCAUAGUGCUAGACACAGGUCAUCAUAAUGCGGGCACGAACUUAGGCGCAUGCGCCCGGACGAGACUCAAGCCUGGAAUUCCAUUUCAUGAAACGAUCCAUUGAAUCCAAGCCACAUAGGUCAGAAAUGAGACGCGGCUC